AAUAAUAAUAAUUUACCCGCGCGUUGCUAUAUAGUGAGCUUCACAAAAAUACUGAUAUCUUUUUUUACUGUCGCAGUUGGCGGAAGUCAGGUGAGGCAUGACAAACCUGGGGAACGCAUUCAAAAACGAGAAAAAUCCCCAUCGCCCAGAAUGAGUAACGACAAUUUGUACACGAAAACUUUGCCCAAACUGUUCAUGAUCCUGGUGGCGUACAGUGUGUUCUUCACUUUUCUGAUCUGCAUGCACAACCUGCGAGAGUGGGCCAAGCCUCGCCGGCAAACCGUCCGAGCAGAGCGGCACUUGUUGGAUUUGACCCCUUUGAAUAAGGAUAACCGAUUUCGGAGCAAAUUCGACGGUCAUUGGAUUUUCCUCCUCGAGACGUCCGGCCGAGGAAUGCUGGACAGCAGACACGUAUGCUCGUUGGAAGCGCUUGCCAAAGCAAAUCCGAACGUGACUAUUUUCCUCGUUAUGCCCUGUCCAGUUCGCGUAAUCAACCUUGAAGAUAACGUGGCGUUGGCGCGUUUACUGGACAGUUGCGAGAGCGUUCAACUUGCCACACUUGAUGCGAAGAAAAUUCUCAAAGAUUUGCCACUGGAAAAUAUUUCCCAAACCGAGAUACUCCAGUCGAACACCUAUAAGCAGCGCACGAGCGACCUUUUACGCUUGGCCCUGAUCUGGACUUUUGGUGGGACUUACAUGGAUCUGGACGUGAUCACGCUCAGGAAUUUGUCGCCCCUUCUCCAAACUGAAAAUUUUCUGGCGGCCGAAUCUUCCUCCAGCAUCAACAGCUUCGUUAUGAAAUUUCGAAAAGGCCACCCUCUCGUGAUGAAGUUGAUGGAAAGGGUGCGAGAAAGUUAUCAACCUGUCGACAACUCAACUGCGCCCUGGGCCUUCAGCUCGGCCGUCGCCAACACCUUCAAUAUUUCCGUCCAAGAAGCGAUCGCAAGAGGAAAUGUUUCUGACGUGCAAAUUUUUAACUCAUCAGUGUUUAGUCCGGUUAAAUAUGGAGAUUUCGAGGACGUUUUUGACGAUAGCAAAUCAAUUUUGGCGGAUAAAAUAAUUUCGGGUAGCUUCGGGCUUCAUUUUUGGAGUAAAAUGGCCAAAAGGUUUCAAAUAAAACCCAAUUCGACGGCGCCAUUUUCAAUAAUAGCCAAACAGUUCUGCCCUAAAACUUUUGAAAUUCUUGCAUCUGGCUAAGAUUUACUUUAAAAAUUAGGUGAAAAUCAUUUUUAUUUUUUUUUUUUUUUUUAAUUUUCCACUUUACAGUAAUUGCUAUAAUAAACGUAAUAAACCAAUGAAAAACUUUCUAAUCGACUGAUUUUUAUGAGUUUUUGUGUAAUAAGAUUAGGUUUGCAUGAUAAAACGAAUAUAUUAUAGUGAGAGUAACAAGUAAUGUUGCAUGCUGCAGAAAACGUCAUGCUACACCCCCAAUAGCUGUAUAAAACGCAGGUUCUUUUCAAUAUUCUGCUAGUUUUAAAAACUCGGCAAGACACGAUGGAGCGGAUAAUACUUCUUCCCAUAAUACAACUUUUCAACUUGAAGCUAUUGAUUCUACUCACAGUGCAGCUUUCCUUUACUUUGUGUCACCUGAAUUUGGCCCCUGCUCAGCCUCCCGCCUUCAAAUUCAACCCGACGUCCUACGCGACAGUCUUUACCGGCCCCGCGCCAACCUCCCGCUUGAUUUUCCACCCUCGACCUCAACCAGACGCACACCACACCCUUUGGCCUCCCAAGCAAGUUCCUCGGCAGUGGCCUUUGCACCACCCCACGGCGCCUCCUCCUGUUCUUGUACCGCACCACCCCCCACCCCAUCUGGUAGUCCACCAUCACCACCACAUCAUUCACGAGAAGAAAAUUGUGCGAACGGUCGAGCCGACCCUUCCAAAGACACCAAAGCCUCCGAGGGUGGCAUCAACCAGCACCUCGACUUCCUCCUCUUCGACGACCUCAACUACUACGACGACCUCAACGACCCCUAGAACGCCGCGGGUGACUUCAACGACGGAAGCUGCUCAGAUUAUUCAGAGAAAGUCGAUGGUUGAUAAAGAGGAAGAGGAGGGUAGUGGAGACGGACCCCUUAGCGAGGAGGAAAGUAGGGGUAGUUGGGAGGGAAGAAAGAGCAAGAACGAAAGCUCCUGGUCUGACGAGGAAUCGGACGAAUUUUUCCACUACGGUUUCAGAGAUUUUCAUUUGGGUCAUUACAAGAAAUAAUUUGAAAUAAAUGUUAAUUCAGGAUAUAAGAGCAAUUACAAUUAUUUGAACUAAAAGAGAUAAAC